AUGACGUUCCGGUUCGCUUCUGUCGUGCUCUGGUGUUCGAUCGUGGUCAGCUGUUAUGCGGCUGUUCCGCGGCGCAACGAUGGCCGAAUCGUUGGUGGUAGAGACACUACGAUCGAUAACCACCCGUACGUGGUGUCACUACGCCAGCUGCACAAGCACAGCUGCGGUGCGGCCAUCCUGAACGCCAACACCAUCCUUACGGCCGCUCACUGCGUUUCCAACUCUGAACUGCAGCCGAGUGACUUUGAGGUGCGUGCGGGAAGCACCUUCCGCAACGAAGGUGGACAGCUGAUUGCCGUUUCGGAGGUACACAUCCAUCCGAGCUUUGAUGAAUUUACGCUCGAUUGGGACAUUGCGGUGUUGAAGCUAGCAAGCAACCUAGUGUUAGGACCGAAUGUACAACCAGUCAAUCUGCCAUCGGCUGGCAUGGCCGUGCCGGAAGGAACUAGCGUUACCAUAGCUGGAUGGGGUGCUCUAUACGUAAGCCCGAAGCCAUCCGCCACGCCAACGUUCCAAGGACCAUCGACCAAUCAUCUACAGCACGUGACUAUCCCGAUCGUGAGCAACAGUCGAUGCGGUGUCGCUUAUCAGAACUUUGCGCCGAUCCUUCCGUUUCACGUCUGCGCGGGUGAAAAGGGACGCGAUGCCUGCCAGGGGGAUUCGGGAGGGCCGCUCGUGUACCAGAACCAGGUGAUCGGUAUUGUCUCAUGGGGUUACGGCUGUGCCUUCGAAAACUAUCCCUCCGUUUACACGCGUGUGUCCGAGUUUUUGGGCUUCAUCAACGAGCGUAUGUAA